GCGACGGCUGGUGUUUCUUGAGCAUCAGAACGACUGGUACAAAACACUUGGAGUUCCCACUUCUUCCCGGCAGAGUCAGCCAGUCAACCCUUCACCGUACUCGCCACCAUGAAGAACCCGGUAUUCGCCCUCGCUUCGUUGGCAGGAGUGCUUCACGUAUCCGCCAAUCCAGUCCCGCUUCCGAUCGCGACCAACGUGUGCCGUUUCGAUGAACAUCCCGACGCAGCAGGACAUCUUGAAGCGGCAACAUCCUUAUCCAAGCGUCAAAGUUCAUGGAGCCCACCCUCAAACCUUGUGACGCCUCUUCAAGAGGUAUGGGACCACCAAAUGUCGACAUACAGCGACCCACUCGGCUUCAAGAACUACGGUUACGACCAGAUAAUGGCCAACGAAGGCUAUCUCAAUUUCUGCGUCCGCUGGGAGAGCUCACAGCCCGUCACUGCUGCCCAACGCGCCGAUGUUGAGGCGGCCUUGCAGCAGUCCGUCAAGAAGUGGAUGGACAAGCUCGUAGGCUUCGAGGGGUUCCCGUACUCGUCCGUGCCUGUCAAAGUGGUCGGAUGGGCGGUCAGCAGCACGAGCUUGCUGCAAGGUGACACGAGUGGGAUUGAUGUGUAUACCACGAAGGACGCAGAGGGAAUCCCAGAAUGCGAUCCUCGUUGUGGACGCUUCUUUCACCAAGAUGGGAACUAUGCAUCUUGCCCCGGCGGUGCUGCUAGACACUAUGACCAAUCACUCUGGCUCACUGAAGGUUUCGAGGGGGGCGCAGGCGGAGAUUGGGGCCAAAGAAUCGGCCGCUCCUAUUUCAUGGACAAUCUCAACGCUGAUUCCAUUCAUAUCCUUCUUCACGAGAUCGGUCAUACGUUUGCUCUUGAUGACUUUUACGACUGGACUCCCACAGGACUUACCAACUUCAUCAUGCUGGCUGGAUCUUCCAGUGUGAUUACCGAGUUUGAUUUCUGGAUGAUGAGGGACUGGUGGAGGAAUCUCAAGUCAAGGUAUGGCCUAUAA